AUGUCCCUGCUGUACCUUUGUGCCCUCCUUCUCCUCACCCCGCAGCUUCUCCUCCCCGCAGCACCGCUGAACCUGGACCUCAAGACCCCGGAUGCCCUGGACCUGGACGCACCUUUAACUUCUGACCCUGCUGACCUUGAUGACUCCGAUGGCCCUGAUGACCUUGAUGACCCUGGUGCCCCUGAUUCCCCUGAUCAACCCGCUGACCUAGUCCAAUCUCCUGACCUUCAUCAACCUCAUAUCCCUCUACAGCGACCGGUCACUUAUCAUUCGCCUCCAAGGCAGAUGCCGCUGCCCAAGCCAGGGGCCUUUGAAAACAGGGAGUUCCGGACAGGACUCCGGAAGUUACCCAGGACUCAGGGAGUCCCUGAAAUUCCUGGAGCACAUUUGGGGUCAGCGUCGCCGCUGAGGCCUCAUCAGGAACUGAAAGUUCCACUAAGAAAUGAAGUGGGAAUUCCUGACCUGAGUCGGGCUGAGGCCCAUCAGUCACUGAGAAUCCCGUUCCCACCUCUUGCUAGUCAGAGUUCCACACCAGCUGACUUUAUUUUCCCACGACCGAAGUGGAACAAGGAUUUAUCUCAGGGGCAACCUCCAAGGAGACCUGGAAGACCACCAGAUAAUUAUGAUCCACAGGUGCAGGUUCCCUCAUACCUGCUACAGGGCACACACAAGCCUCCAGAGCCUCUGGAGGAAAACACAGAACCCCCAGGGGAGGAAGAGCAAGCUCUGCCUACCAGUCUGUAUCCCAUCGAUCUGGAGCCCUCAGGUUUGCCUCCAGUAAGCCCUCAGAGUGAACAGAUGGACCUAUUUGCACCCCAAAAAGAGGCCCUGUCUCCCCCUCCAGAGGCAUCUCAGGAGAGUGAACUUUGCCCAAAUAAAACUCUAUGUCUCCAUCCACUGAGGGCAUCUACAUUGGAAACUCCACAGGAGAAUCCAAUUCUUCAAUCGACAUUGUACCCUGGCAGAGAUAACCAAGUAUCUGAGGAGUUUGCUUUAACUCUGGAGCCAGUUCAGGAGGUUCAGUCAGGUCAAACUCUGCAGGAAGCCCCAGUACAGCCAUCAAAUUCUGCCCAGGAGGUUAAACCUGCGGUUGAGCAGGAGGUCCUCGCUCCCCUUCCAGAGCAGGAAGUUGAACCUUAUGUGGUUCAUCAAAAGGCUCCACCACAAUUCCCAAGGCCCUCUGAAGAGAUUGAACCUGUUCCAGGUCUGGAAAAAUCUUCAAAGCCUCCUGAGAUCCUCUCAUCUUCUCGCACCCAGCAGGAGGUUCCAGGUUCCCCCUUGGAGUUCCCUGAAGGGACCAAAUACUCAAUGCCGGAAGAAACCACAGCACUGCCUCCCAUGCCUCACAAAGAAGCUAAUCCUUUUUUAAGUGAGCAAGAGGCCCUAUUUCCCACAAACCAGCAGAACACUACUCAGUUUCAAGAGCCUCUUGAUGAAGUUGAACCUAUACCAGAUCAACAUGAGUACACCUCAGAGCCUCCAGAGUUCAUGGAGGAAUGGGAGCCAUUUACAGUCAUGCAAGACACCCAGGCUCAGUCAUCAGAGUGGCCUACCGAGGGCGAACAUUCUCUACUCCAGUUGGAGAACGCGUUGCCACCUCCAGCAUCUACUGAGGAGGUUGAAGCACCUGCAGCUUUGCAGGAGGCCUCAGUUCACCCUGAAGCAUUUCUUAAAGAGAUUCGAACAUCUGCAGCCCAACAUGCAUAUUCAAUGGAACCAGCAGAUUACACUGAAUCACUCCCAUUCCCUUCAUACAACCAAGAAGCCUCAACUCAGCGUCCAGAGCUACCUGAGAACGAAGCACCUUCAAUUAUUCAGAACAAUCCAGGUAAGGCUUUAGAAUCACCUCAACAUGUUGUAACCCAGCUUCCAGGAAACACUGGGGUGACCAUUUCAAGUGAAGUUCAGUACCCAACUCCGCCUCCUUUGCUUCAUAAGGUAAUAGUGUCACCAACACGUCACUAUUUCAAUGUGCCCAUUGCCACAGCUGAGCCUUUGAGCCAAACGCUUGCAGCCCCACAAAAGCCUACAGUACCUUCGUCAGCUUUUCCUCAACUACCUAUUUCCCAGGAAGAGCAGUCGCAAGCUCAAAACCCAAAUUUGAACAAGUUUACAACUAAAUCUUUAGAUUAUGAAAUUCCCACUAAUCAGCAUCACACUAUCGAAAUGGAAUAUCCUUCUGUGACUUCACAGAAAACUACAGGGCCUUCUUCAGAAUUUUUCAAGAUGACCUUUUACCAGGUUCAAGAUAAAAAAUUAAACACAAACAGUGUUACAGAAAAUCCUUUGAAACUGGGCCUUUCAGAAACAAUAGAAUACACUAUCAUGACUAAAGAUUUUAUAGCCCAGAAGAAAGUCAUACCUCCUUCAGAGGACCAUGAGGAGACGCCUCUAAAUCCAGACCAGGUCCAGGGUCAGCAGCUAAAAAUGACUAAGGUUAUUGUUCAGCCAUUGGCUCUGGAAAUUAAUGUACCAUCUGAAACCAACCUUGAGAUUCAACUGUCUCCUGAAAAACAAGGGACACCAACUCAGCCUCCAGAGUCCUUUCACAAAGUUGUGGAUACUACUGGGUCUGUACGUUCUUCAAACCUGCAGAAAAGUAUAGCUCCGCCUACAAACCAAGUAACAUUAGAUAUAGACAUCUCUGUAUCUAAGGUAGAUAAUAGAGAGACUGGACUAACUUCUAAAAAUCAAGAGACUCCAGCUCAGACUGCAGAGCCUCCUAAGGGUGGAGAAGCUCAAUUCACAACACACCCUCAAGAGCCUUCCGUCAAGGUAGAAUAUAUGACAACAAAACACCCAGCCUCAGUUCCACCUCCAAGUCAAGAAAUAACUCACCAUUCAAACGUGCCUGAUGUCACUGUUGAGCCUUGGACUUUGGAACUUACUCUGGCUCCAGAACCGAAAACACAGGUGGUUGAGUCUUCUCCCACCCAGCAAGACCAAACAACUCUAUCUCUAGAGCACCCUGAGAAGAUUUUAACUCAAUCUCCAGUUUAUAAUCAGGUGACAGUUGAUUCUACAGGUCAGGACCAAGGUCAGACAUCAAAAUUACCUGAUGUCAUAGUUAGUCUUCUAGACCUGCCACUUACUACAACUCCUCAGUUCACAUCAGAGACUGCACAUUCCCUUGCCGUGGAGGAAACCGCAUCUCCUACAAAGCAAAGCACACUGAAGUCGUUUACCGAAACGAGAGCUUUACAGACUGCAUCUCCUCCAAAGCAAGUGACAGUUCAACUUGUGAGUCCAGAACUUGUCGUGACUCAGCACCCAGCCUCAUCAGAGGCAGGUCUUUCUUCACCAGUGACUCAGCAUACUUUCAGUUUCAUCCCAGAGAAGGAGCACAUGUCUCCAAGUGGGCCACCAACACAGAGUGCCAAGAACAGAAAUAAUGCUGACAUAUGUGAUCUCUGUGUCUGCCAAAAUGCCACAUUGUCCUGUACUGGCCUUCCAAAAGAGAAGAAGCUCCGCAGAGUGCCUGUGCCAGAGCCCAACACGUACAACAGCACCUUCACUGUCUUAAAUCUCCAAGGCAAUAAUAUUUCUUACAUUGAUAAGAAUGUUUGGAAGGCCUACCGUUGGACUGAGAAACUAAUUCUCAGUGACAAUUUCCUGACUGAACUGCGGAAGGACUCAUUUGAAGGGCUACUCUCUCUCCAGUAUUUAGAUUUAUCCUGUAAUAAAAUACAGUAUAUCGAAAGGGGGACAUUUGAUGCAUUGCCUUUUUUGCAGUAUGUAGAUCUCGGAUGUAACAUAAUUACUGAAGUCCCCUUUGGAUCAUUUCAGACCUGGCAUGGAUUGCAGUUUUUAAACACAUUAGUUCUCAAUCGUAACCCUCUGACAACUAUUGAAGAUCCAUAUCUUUAUAAAUUGCCAUCAUUAAAUUAUUUAGACUUGGGAGCAACACAAGUGUCCCUCAAGACAGUUGAGAACAUCCUCCCAGUGAUGCUUCAAUUGCAAAAUCUGAUCUUACCAAGUCGACCUGCCUGCUGCCUUUGCCAAUUUAAAAGCACCAUUGAAGUUGUGUGUAAUACAGUCAAGAUGAGCUGCAACAGUGAAUGUCUGCAAAGCAUCUUCUGCGGUGAAGAAGCCUUUCGAAUGGCUAAAGACGGAACAUUCAUGAAGGCACUGAAAGCACGGAAGAAGAGUCACAGCACUGAGCUGACUAUUGAGCCAGAAAAACCACUCUCUGAUGGAAGUGGUGUCACAUUGGACAGGUAUGAAAUUCAGCUCAAUCAAGAGCUACAGCCUGUCAUCCCCAACAACGAUGUGAGGACCCUGCUUUCCCAUGUUGUCCGGACUUUAAAAAUGGACUGCUCUCAGCCUGAAGCACAGCUGGCCUGUGCCAAGCUCCUAUCCAGAACAGGCCUCCUGUUAAAGCUUCUGAAUGAGCAGCAAGAAGCUAAGAUGGCUAAGACAGGCUCAGACACGGAACAAUGGAAAACUAACCUUGUAAAUAAGGAAGACACAGAAAUCCGGAGUGAAUCAAAAGCGCAGGAGACAGAUAAGCACACAAAAGAAAAGAAAAAAUAUAACUAUCUCUACAUUGUCUCCUUCGCAUUAUCUGUGACGGCAAUAGUGAUAGUUUUCAUUCUAAUUUUCUGUCUCAUUAAG